UUGGAAGAUUUACGGUAUAUAAAUGUUGUUGGGUUGUCAGUCGUCUUAAUAUGAACCUGUACAGUUCUCAUCACACUGAUCACUUUACAUUUCAGCCCUUCCAUCUUUCAAGCGGAGAUUUCCUUCAGUAAUCAAACCCUAUACAGGAACAGAUGUUACAAUUGACAGCCAUGUAUCGGUUGGUAGCAUUACUUGGUACAAGAACGCAGUAAAGAUUCACUCCUCGUCCCAGAGUCCCAGACUGUCUGUGGUAACCAAUGGCAGUCUCCUCGUACGUAACGUGUCAGAGGCAGACGAUGGUCUUUAUCAAGCCUUUGCUAGGACAUCCGUGAAUGAAAUUAGUUCACCACCUGUUCAACUUCAUGUAGUAGGUCAGUAAAAUUUCUCCUUGUCCCUGACAGCUGCGACCUCCCAAAAAUAAUCAACUUCGUUAUUAGACUGUUCAGGUACGUUAUUACAUUCUUCAUCGUGAUCAUCAAUGUAUAAGACCAUAUGCGCAGUUAAGGACGAGCAAAGAUGAGAGAGCUUAGUUUAUUUUGCAGAGCCACAUUGUAACUGUUUUGUUUUGUAAUACAGCACGGAGUCCUCUGCGGCCUACGUAUCCCACGACUUUGGUUUCUUCUAAAGUAAUUUCCACUGAAAGUUUAACUACAAAUGAACCAAGUAGAGUUCCUAUGAUAACUGUUCCUGCACAGCAGUCUACAACAAAUACUCACGUGACCACUAAACAGCAGUUCACAACAGGCACUCACAUGACCACUAAACAGAAGUCCACGACAGGCACUCAUGUGACCACUGCGCAUCAGUCAGCAACAGAUACUUACGUGACUACACACUCGGCUCACCAAACUACAUCUACACUAUUGCACCAUAAGAGAACUACAGCGGGUUCAGUCGCGCCGUAUGGAUCUGGAAACAAAGGAAAAAUGCCAUUGUUGCUUUAUGGAACAAUAGGGGGAGGUGUAGUAUUGUUGCUGCUUGUCAUAGUAUCAGUGUUCUGUUUCAAGACCCGUUCAAGGCAAAGGUUAAGACAGGGAAGCAUGAAGCUAAAAACUGAUUCCGAAGAGUUUGAAAUGACACCAGUCCAACCCAGGUACUAAUUUUACAAUCUUGUUAAUAACUUGGACCUAGCAUUAAGGACUGUGCAAUAAUUACCUGGAGGGGGGAGGGGUGGAAAAUUAGAGCGGGGCAAGGAGAAAAUGACAACAAGAGAGAGGGGGGUUGGAUGUAAAAUUUAAUAUGUGUGGGAAUGCCUUGUUUGAAAAGCUUCAGAAAUUAAAAGAAGACCAUGUUCGUCAGGGGCAGUACUUCCUUGAGUAACUUAAGUUUUCCUGCACUCCAACGUGCGAUAGAUGACUUAAUGAAGGUUGGACAAGAGGUGUUCCUGACCAACGUUCUCCAGUUCCAACCCUAGAUGCUACUUCGCCUGGAAAGUACUUACCAUUCACUACGGUAACGUCCACUGGAGACCAGAUCGACAAGUUUCUCCCAAGUGUCCAGAUAAAGAGAUUGUUCAAUGAGGGAAAAUUGCCCUCUUCUGAAGAGAGGUCUUUGCCAGAGGUGUGUUCCCAGUACAACGUGGACGAGACUUCAUGUAAAAGUUAUGUACAGCACCUUGAAUUCCAUGAUGCAAAAGCCAAAAAAAAGAGUAAGAGAAAGGAAGACUCUUCCGCUUAUUUCUUGGACAGUUGAAAAACAUGUAAAAGCACUUACCAACAAGCAGCUGAAAAUGUAUCUAAAGCAAAAAGGUCUUAAGAUAAGUGGAAGCAAGACUGAGUUGAUUGAUCGAGUUCUCACCCACGCACGUGGGAACUUAAGUGCCAGAGAUGCUGUAGAAGAUGAGGAAUCUCCCAGUUCAUGCGAAGACGACACAAGCUCAGAGUCCAGCGAUUCUGAUGACUCUUCAAAUGACUCUUUGACAUACAUCGAAGAGUCAUUUGAAGUGAUGUUUGUACCGGAGGAAGAACUCCAACAAGUAAACUAGGUAUGAGGGAAUCAGUGGGAGGAGACUUUUUUCAAAGCGGAGGUGUUCGCCUUAAUAUUAUCAUUAUGUGAGGGGGAGAGGUUGAAAUUAAUUUAUGUUUAAGAAGAG